GUAGGGAGGGGGUAGUCUGGGCAGGGUAUAUGGCUCUUUUAGGAUGGAGAUAGGCUCAAGGUUGUCAGGGUUAAGUAAUAUGGUUUGGGGUUGGAGAAUUCAUUCCAGAAAGGAUCGUAACACUUAGACAUGAUUCCACUGAUUUGUUUAAGGAUUUGAGGAUCAGGUGUAGUACUAGGGGAUACAACAUCAUGUGGUUCGUGACAAAGUGAGCACUAUGGCGCAGUCCUUGGAAGUUUCAGACAUGAAAAUUACAAACUUGAUUAAGUAUUUUAACAGUACUAUAAAAAUGAAAGAUGAACUAAACUGUAAUGACACUAUUGCAUUUGUAAAGGAAUUUCUGGUGAAGAGAAAACGUUGUGGAUUCUUUCAUCAGGAGAUGCAGAUGUUUAAUAUUCAGAGCAUUAGGAGUAGUCCUGAUCAUCACAUUCUCGUCCUCAACUACCUUGGGAUCCUUGUUCAAAGUUUGAACAUAGCUACUGGCUCAACUUCAAGCAUUACCAUUGUUAACGAACUUGAUGAUUCUGCCAUUACAAAAAACUUCCGCAAUAUGGAUGCUUACACUGCAUUUUCAUUUGUGCUGGAGGAUGAGAUAUCCAGGAAGCUUGUUGGUGCUAGAAGUCUAGCCCAAGAGAUUCAGGUGACUCAGUCCCUUUUGGGCAAUUUGAUUGAUGUGAUUCAGGAGGCACAGUUGGCACGGAGAGAGCUUCGCAACCUGAUUGAUACUCGCUUUUGCUCUUCUAAUGAUGACGAACUUGAUCUGCAACUUACUUUCAUAAGCCUAAAGAGUGGCAUCAAGGUGAAAGCAACACUUGUCGUCUCAUCCUUGAGUAGAGGGAUCUAUCCUUCAGAGACUAUCCCAUCCGUGGGGGCAGCCCGAGCUGAUGGGACCAAGUGUGACGAUGAAGCAUUUCUUUGGGGGAUUGAUAAUGCAGUGAAGAGCGUAAAACCAGGUCACUUCAGAAUUAUACGGUUAUGUCGUUCCAUUUCCAAUGCUAUUUGAUCUUGUAAAACUAUAGCUUAUUCGCCGAGAUUCGAGACGUGUCUCUUUGCCCUUCUCAAUUUAUCAUUUUGUCUAUAGAGUGCAUUUAAUUACUGCGUAUUUGUCUCCCUUUAAUCACACAGUUUUGUUUUCGAAAAUCUCUGUUCUGUUAAUUGGGACUGGAUGGUGUACAUAACAACAUACACUCAUAUCUCAGUAUAUUCGUUCAAUUUGACUUUUUCGAAUCAAACUGAACGAACUUU